GUAUACCCAGUAUUUCCAGUAUUGGUAAUCCUCCAAAGUUUGAUAGGAUAUGGCCGAAUAUUUCUUCCCUUGAGGUUUCUAAACCAAACCAAGUUGCUCCCAAAUUAGCUAUGUCAACUGUUUCUUCUGUUCAAGUUGCAAACCACAAGAGAGACUGCGAAUGCUUCGGGCACUCCAACCGGUGCAGUUACAUCGAGCUGCUCAAUACGGUCAUUUGCGUGAGCUGUAAGCACAACACUAGAGGUCAGCACUGUGAGUUAUGCAGGCUGGGCUACUUCAGAAAUGCUUCUGCAGAGCUGGACGAUGAAAAUGUGUGCAUAGACUGUUAUUGUAACCCUUUUGGUUCAGUCCAUGAUCGCUGUAAUGACAGAGGAUUUUGUGAGUGUAAGGAGGGAACAUCAGGGCCUAAAUGUGAUAAAUGUCUGCCGGGAUAUAUCUGGCACGGCUUGGGCUGUCAACCGAACGUAUGUGACAACGAACUGCUGCAUUGCCAGAAUGGAGGAACGUGCAUCAACAACGUGCGAUGCCAGUGUCCCCCGGCUUACACUGGCAUUUUAUGUGAGAAGCUGAAGUGUGAAAGGGAUCCAGGAGGCUGCAGCCAAAACUCGGGCCAGGAGGCAAUGUCACACAGGUCUCUAUUGCUGCUGACUGCUCUACUAGGAGCCACUGGACUUUGCAAUAUGCUAGACUCCGUAUGGUGA